GCUCCAACUGGUGUGGUUAGUGCGGCAGGAUGUCGACGCUGCGGUCAACCUCUGUUCACCACCAAGCGAGAUAACUACUGUUGACGCGAGGGUCGCCAAGGAUGUCUUUAAUUGAUUAUUAACCUGUUUGAAAGGGAGAUACUCGUACAUUGUUGUGCCUGUUUUUUUCCGCAUCGAUUGGUACCAGUCCGUGACUAAAAAACGGAAAGGACACUUCAAAACGAAGUGACGAUCUUAAGAUCAGUCAACAAAAGCGUAAUCGGUAUGGAGAAAUGUACCGGGCGGAGGUAUGAGGAGGAUGCAACGGAACAGUUGGUAGAUUACAGUAAAAAGUACACUGAGAGGAAAUCUGCUGUUCACGAUCACUCGAUCGAGAGUUCUUCUCGAGACGGACGAUCCUGUAAAAAGGAAUACGGGGAGCGUAAUUCCAAGGUAGAUCUGUUUGGAGAUUAUGCUGAAACUGACCUAGAUCAACCUACAGACUAUAGUCUGAGAUAUGCUGAAGAUGACACGGAUGAUGAUGAGAAACAAAGCCCCGAGUAUUUUCCAGGUAGUGUACAAGAGGACACAGUUAAGACAUAUUGUACUGAAGGAACUCCGUAUGAAACACCUUUUAAUUUUUCAACUGCAACUUCUAUGUCUGAUCUCCGACUAGAGGACUCUAAGGAACCUGUAGACUCUCAAAAGAAGCUUAAUAAAAAGGUCUUAGAUAAUGAUGGUAAAGGGGAUUUAUCUUUUGAGCAUAAUCUUUCUCUUAACUGUAAUGAAAAUCAAUCGCAUCUACGUGAGAAAGAAUUAGAAUCCUCUGAAGGAUCUAGAACACGAAAGCCUAAUCUUUCCCCUGAAAAGUUGCAUGAUUAUUAUCCUGCUGGGACAUCAAAUGGUUUCUCUCGUGCUAACUCUCCCAGUUCUCUUAAUAGUGCAAUAACACAAAGGAAUAAUGUUUCUGGAAUUAUUCCAAAGAUAAACUCAAUGAGUUCUUCGGAUAAAAUUGAUGGUAGAUCUGAGAGGAUAGAUCGCAAUGGAGCUACUAUAGCAGUUAAUGAAUUACGUAUAUCUAAUGAAUCUGACAGCACAACAGAAGGGAAAAGUAAUUCUAGAGUUGUGGAUAAAGAAGGAAAAAUGGUGACCUUUAGUAGACAGGAUUUUUAUGCAGAACAAACGCCUCUAAUGUUUUCACGCUGUAGUUCUCUUGGGUCUUUGAGUGGUUUCGAACAGCAUUCCAUUCACGACGAUCGCAGCUCUAUUAUCAGUGACUUUAGUCGUCGGACUAGCGGCGUUGUUUCUCCAAGUGAAUUGCCAGACUCACCAACACAAACUAUUCCUCCUAGUCCGCGCAAUCAUAAGAGUCAGUGUACGGAUUUCAUAAGCAAAAUACCCGAAGAAGCAGUAAGACCGUCCGUUCGACAUUUAUCAUACUCAAAGUGUCAUGUUCCACGUACAAGUGUCUUUGAAGAUGACAUUGCUACUUUCAAAGAAGAGUCAACGCCGAUUGAAUUCUCUACAGCUACCAGUCUCAGUUCCCUUACUAUUGAUGAUGAGGUCAAGAUUCCCAACAAUACUAAAGUAUUAUCAGAAAUAAAGGAAGCCACGAGCGACAUUAAUAAUAGUCCAAAAGAAGAUUUGUCUAAAGAAAAGAUUGUUACUGUAGAAGUAGAAAAGGAUCAAGAGCAAGUCAGCGAUGGCGACGAAGAUGAUGAAGAUAUGCUGGCUGCAUGUAUCAGUAUGGGCAUACAAAACAAUAGGUACAGACAAUCUUUCAAAACGUCUACUGCCCAAAAAUCUAUACAAUCUGAAUCAUCGAACAUGCUUGCACGCUGCCAGAGAACUGCUGUUAUAAACAGACCGGAACCUCGAGUUCCUGUUACCAACGUAGACUCCGCAGUCGCGACUGCCAAAGCAAAUAAAAACACUAUUGAAGUGGUUGCUUCACCUGAUACUGUGCACGUUUACUGUACAGAAGAUACACCAGCGGAUAUCUCCCCUGUAGGUUCGCAGUCAAACCUUUCUGCAUUGUCUAUGCCAAGUGUCCAAGAAGAUGUUGAGAGAAUCGAGGAAGAUAAGCUCUCCAAUGAAGUUGAGUGUCAUAGAAAUGAUCUCUCUGAUGAAAGUUCUAAUCUCUCUGGGGAAGAUGAGAAGAUGCUUGACGAGUGUAUUCAGUCAGGAAUACCAAAGGUACGGCAAAUUACACCACCGCCAACCAAUUCCAUGUCUUUCGCUCAAAAGGCAGAGACAUUAAUACAGAGAUUCAAUAUAUGCGGUACACCAUCGUCAUCUCCAGUGGAAACUGGUAACAAGAACCCUAUUGGCAAAUCUUUGUGCCAAGCGACUCUGGAGCGUGACAAUGACCUCUCAGAUGAAAGCCCCAAUCAUUCUGACGAUGAAGCGAUCUUGAGCGAGUGCAUUAGAUCAGCCAUGCCUAAAGUCAGAUCGAACAUUUCCACAUUAAUAGGACAACAGUUACCAUCUGUUGGAGAGAAAGCAAAAGCGAGCAUCCCGAGAAAGCUGUCUUCCACAACGUACAGGCAGCGUGAGUACAUAAACCAAACUAAACAUCAAUCCAAGACACCGGUAACGUUUGAAGACAACUUGAGUCUCUCGGAGGAAGAAGAGGACAUCAUGUUGGCUCAAUGUAUUAAAUCUGGAAUACCAAAGGCAGUGAAUGCUUCGUCAAACUCUUCCUUGAUUUCUUCAAAGAAGCAACCAGAGCAGUACCAUAAAGUCAGGCUCGCUCUCAGCGGGUCUGCUUAUGUAAAUAAACAUUACGCGACCAAGAAUGCCACAGUGCAAACGCAGUCAGUUUACAAAUCUGAUAACGAUGCGUCAGCGUCCAUGAUUGGUGGACCUUCUUCUUGCUCAUUUCAUUCUGCCAAGAUGUCGGAGAUCAGACGCUCCAUAAGAAACGGUGGGAUGAACAUAUGCGAGAAAAGCCCGUUGGUAUCUUAUAGUAGAAAGCCUCCGAUGGACCACGAGCAUGGUAUUACUGAAAACGGAUCGUCGCGUUCUCAAGUACCCAAUUGUAGAUCCCCUAUUUCUAAUGGAACGGACAACGACGACGAAGAGAUAUGUCGAGGAACAACGAAGUCGAAUGUGGCGCCUUCACGACACAGCUCGGUGAGCUCUCUCAGCGAAGAAGGCUCGCUUGGGUCCAUAGAGGAAUGGGCCUUGCUGGAAUUGUGCAUUGUCGCCGGUAUGCCCAGGAACAAAUAUCGUUUAAAGAGUAUGAAGGCUGCCGAAGGCAGUAGUCACGAGGAACGUGAUACCAUACCGGAGGACAAUUACUCUAUAUGUAGCUACAAUUCGUAUGUUUGUAAAACAUAAGCCAGUUGUUACAUAUUUUUGGUCCAAACGUAUGUUGAAAGACUGACACGUUUUUAAGAAAUUAAGUGGAGAGCUUUGAGGAACAGGCUGAGCCGAGCGUUGAAAAAGAAACAGUCUCUUGUUUAUUUUUUUAUUAAUAUUUAAUAUUUUCGAUAGUUUGACAUAUAUAGCGAUCUUCUAUAUGAGAGUAUGUUAGGAUAAAACUAUAGAGUUCUAGGGAAAUGUAUCGGGCUAUUGCGAGUUUGUCCAGUGGAGUUGACGCAUCAUUCGUCUGGAAGUUAGUCAGACUCAUCAGUUAGUAAUUUUAAUGAUGUUAUACAUUGUACGAAAUAAUUGGAGGAUCAUCGAACAACUAUACUGCCCUUCGUAUUUACAUUUUAGAUCUAUUUUUAAUUGUUUUAAAUCGUGAUCCUUUAAUUGCUUGAAAAUUAAUGCUGUCUUACAAUUGUGUCCUUUAAAUGCUUCGCGAUACAUGCUUGAAUGUAUCAUGCUGCGUGAACAGAGUAAGCUAAGCAGUUUACACUGCUUAUCAGUGGUGAUAGAAUAGGGAAGUAUGUUAGCUUCCAAAGUUGAUAUCGGACAGCACAGUUUAAACACUAUACAAUAUGUAUACAGUCUUAUGGGGAAGGUACUUUAAAUAAGGUAACAAGAGAAGUGUUGGACUCGUCUCAUCACAGUAUAGACUGUUAACUGUUAGACAUGACAUUGUCAGAUUUAUGCGAUUAUGUUUUAUUCAUGAAACAUAAGUUUUACUGUAUGAUUAUUUGCAUUAUGCCUUGUUCUGAACAUUACACAUUGAAUUAAUUAAAUUGUUACUGAUUUCAGUCCCAACAUGUAAUAUUCAGUUCGCAAACGAGGAUAGCGUACAGUUACUAUUCAAGAAAUUUUAUUACUUCGCUUAUAGAUGCUUCUUUAGCCACUAACGUUCCAUUUUAAUCGGCAAUUAUGAAUUAUUUCAUACAUCGUGAUCGACGAAACUGCGUUGUUAUAUUAUUAUAGUAUCAAUAAUAAAGUUUUGAAUUAUUGAUUUAUUAAAAAGA